CACUUUUAUUUAAAUAUCGGUGCCGAAGAGAACGGAAUUGAACUAAAAACUAAUAAAAAAAAACUUAAUAAAUUGGUUAAGUUCAGCAGUUAAAGUGUUCAAAAUGUGUGAAAAAAACUACUCGGUACGUGGUCCGAAUUUCGAUGAGUACAUCGUGUGCCCCUAUAAUAGCGCCCAUCGUGUCCUCCCCGUUCGUUUGACCUAUCACUUGACCCGAUGCGCCCGGAAUUACCCCUUAUCCAAAAUGGUGCGCUGCCCAUAUAAUACCACCCAUUUCCACGAUGUUGGCAGCAUGCAAGAACAUAUCAUCGAGUGCCCGAAUCGGACUUCCUCAGAGCCGGAUAAGCUGUCGCCUGGGGAAGCAGGUGCCAGCAAUUUCAUUGUCGAAACCAGUGAAGAUUGGGACGCCGACCCGCCGGCCCCAACCUACAAUCCUUUAGCACACUGCGAACAGCAUUUGGUGCUACGUAAUCCGCAGGGACUCCCACCAGCCGCUCGUCGCGAGUUCCGCGAGCGCGAACGCAGGCGCUUCAAGGAGAUAAAUCAGCCUUAGAACUUUUCAAGCUCCCCCUUCCCUUCAACCCCCCACACGCCACCUACACACAGCAACAGUGACAGCGCAGCGAUUAAGGCACAGGUUUCUCACACUUGCGUUGCUGCAGCCUAAGCUAAGUCGCUUUUUAACACUGGCUAUGUCAGCUGUUUUUCGUAGACGAC